UGGGAGGACGACAAUCUAGGGGUUAAGCAGGAAAUCAAGCGUCUGGGAUACGUUUUUGGUAAUCUUUAUUACUUUGACGUCCAAGAAUUUCGGAUCCCGCGCAAGAAGCCCGGGAAGGCUACGAUUUCCCAGGUCUCCGCUUCCUUGAAAUGGAUGCGUAUGAUACUCUACUGAUUGUUUACUACGCUGGGCAUGCUCGCUUGAGCCACCAAAUCAACGAGGCACCAAUCUGGGCGGCAACCGACAAGCCCGGAUCCCCAAUAUUGCCCUCUGGGGGCGUGCAACAAUUACUUGAAGAGGCAGAGUCAGAUAUCUUCCUGCUUUACGACAGCUGCCAUUCAGCGCAUCCUGCAGUCAAUAUCUCUGGCCAAGGAGUCACAGAAUUGAUCGCUGCAUAUGGCUUCGAGACCCAUGCUCCUGCCAUUGGGCCACACUCGUUCACAAAUGCCCUUAUUCGGGAACUCGAAGAGUCGUUUGUUGGCCCACCAAUCUCUGUCGCUGAACUACAUAGUAAAGUGAUCAGCUCUCUGAAAAAUUGGAAGCCAAGUCUUUUAAGGGACGAAAACGGUAAUGUGUGGACGGAUGAGAAUGGUCGGGCGAAGUACGAAUGCCACAAAAGGAGAACGCCAGUUUAUUGCUUUCUUACUAAUGAAUCGCCAUACAGGAGUAUUAUUCUAGCUCGGCUUCCAUCUAAGUUAUCUCUUACCUCGGUAGCCAACAAGGACAAGGUAGUUGAUCCAGACAAGCAGACCGCAGGUGCGAGCAGGAGCAGACGCCGGUGAGCUUUCCGUCCUGGCGGAAGAGCCCAAAGGCACAGCAGAAACAC